UUUUGUUACUAUAUACAGCUUCACUAAUCUUCAUACCUUCCCAAGAUUAAUGACUACAAAUUCGACUUUUAUCCCAUAAAAUAAUAAUAAAUAAAUAACAUUUGAGUGUGAGCUAUUUCAUUCAAACCGUUGACGUUUAUUUUUGUCUAUCAGUAUUGUGCUCUGAAUAUUCUUCUAAUAGGUAUGAGACUUAGUAUAAAUAUGCAGAGAAGAUGAUGGGUUUUUCAAGUCUUCAUUUUUAGGUAGUUUAAGGUAUUUUAGGGGUAAGAUCAUAAUGGGUCAAAUGGGGUUAUCUUCUUUUUCUCAUUCUUCAUCGUUUUCAAUGGUGUCUUACAUAAUUUUAGUAUUGGGUUUGGUUGGUCCAUUGCUCUGUAAUGGAGGCAAAACAAGCACUUUCGUUCGGAGAGUUGAGAAAUCAGUUGAUAUGCCUCUCGACAGUGAUGUUUUCAAAACUCCUCCUGGCUACAAUGCUCCUCAACAGGUUCAUAUUACACAAGGAGACCAAGUUGGGAAGGCAGUGAUAGUGUCAUGGGUCACAGUGGACGAACCAGGUUCAAGUGAAGUGUUCUAUUGGAGUGAAAUUAGUAAGCAAAAGAAGGUAGCUAAGGGAAAAGUAGUAACCUAUAGAUACUUCAACUACAGUUCUGGUUACAUUCACCAUUGCACCAUUAGAAAUUUGAAGUUCAAUACUAAAUACUACUAUGUGGUUGGGAUUGGCCACACUGAAAGGAUGUUCUGGUUCUUCACUCCACCAGAAGUUGGUCCAGAUGUGCCUUACACAUUUGGUCUCAUAGGGGAUCUUGGUCAGACUUUCGAUUCGAACAGAACGCUUACUCAUUAUGAAAUGAACCCAACGAAGGGGCAGGCAGUACUUUUUGUUGGGGAUCUCUCCUAUGCAGAUAACUAUCCGAAUCAUGAUAAUGUCAGAUGGGAUACAUGGGGAAGAUUUGUUGAGAGAAGUGUUGCAUAUCAACCUUGGAUAUGGACAACAGGGAACCAUGAAAUUGAUUUUGCCCCAGAAAUUGGAGAAACUAAACCCUUUAAGCCUUUUACGAAGCGCUAUCAUGUUCCGUAUAACGCAUCAGGAAGUACUGCUCCAUUCUGGUACUCAAUCAAGAGGGCUUCUGCACACAUCAUAGUUUUAUCUUCUUAUUCAGCUUAUGGGAAAUACACUCCUCAGAACACAUGGAUUGAAGAAGAGUUCCCUAAAGUUAACAGAAGCGAGACACCAUGGUUGAUUGUUCUAUUGCAUUCUCCGUGGUAUAACAGCUACAACUACCACUACAUGGAAGGAGAAACCAUGAGAGUGAUGUAUGAGCCUUUGUUUGUGAAGUACAAAGUGGACUUGGUAUUUUCCGGCCAUGUCCAUGCUUAUGAGCGCUCGGAACGUGUAUCCAAUGUUGCAUAUAAUAUUAUAAAUGGUGAUUGCAUUCCAGUGAAAGAUCAAUCUGCACCUGUGUACAUAACCAUAGGAGAUGGAGGAAAUAUUGAAGGCUUAGCUAACAACAUGUCAGAACCGCAGCCAGCAUACUCGGCGUAUCGCGAGGCUAGUUUUGGUCAUGCCAUUCUCGACAUCAAGAACCGAACACAUGCUUACUACAGCUGGCACCGGAACGAUGAUGGUUAUGCAGUGGAAGCUGAUUCCUUGUGGUUUUUCAACAGACAAUGGUAUCAAGUUGAUGAUUCCACUAGUAACUAGCAAUGACUGGUUUUGAAAAUGAACCAACUAUUGUUUUGUUAUCCCAAAUAAACACACAAAAAAGAAAAGAAGAAAAAGAAACACAUUCUUUUCAUGCCUCUGUUUGUUUCAAAGGCUCUAUGUUGGUUACUAGUGUAGGUUUUUAUGAGCUCUACACUACAGAUUUGUACAAGUGCAUUUGUUUUGUAACUCUUGAAAACCAUUUUAUUUUAUGUUUUAUCUCUA